GGAUUGUUAUGUAGUUACUCGAUAUUACAGACGGAAGUCAAACAAUACAAAUGAUUGUACUAGUUGGUGUCUCAAAGAUAAUCGAUGUAUGGCUGUUAUCCAGAUUAAAAAACUCUGUAUUUUCGCUUCCACUCAUGAUCAUGACAUACUUCCUUGCUUUGAAACUGUGAAAUACUGGCAGAAAGUGAAAGUAAACAUUACAACUACAUCGUUGCCUCCCACAACAAGACCUCUUGAAAACAUGCAUGCAAUAACGUACCGGAUGGAACAGUUUCCGAAGAGAUGUUACACUCUUAAAAGUAUAAUGGAUAAGAAAUACACAAAGAAGCCACAGGAUUGUGCACAAUGGUGUCUCCAAAAUGACCGAUGUAGGGCUGUUACAUACUCGUUUACUAAGACGGAAUGUACUUCCAGUAACCGCCGAAGGUACUGUUCUCGUACUCGUUGUCUCAAAAAACAGUUAUACUGGCAGAAAGUGAAAAUAAAAGUAUUACACACAACUAUAGAGUCGGCUCGCACGACCACAAUUAUGGAAACAACAGAAAAUCCCCUCAAGGUUGUGUGGCCCGAAGUUGGUCCCAAAUGUUUUGACUACAGUUACUACGUUUCAAACCAGACCGAGAAUCGUCAAAAGUGUUUGGAAAUAUGCCUCGAAGAUAAAAGUUGUAAAUUCUUCGUUUAUGAUGCAUAUAAAAAAAAUUGUUUCCUUUGUAAAGGUGUUUACAAAGUGAAAAAGUCAUGUGGUCAGCCAUUUAAAAUCACGGUCAAAGAUGUAAAUGAAUGUGCUAUUGGUACCCACAACUGCAGCAAGAAUUCUGCUAACUGCAUUAACAGAAUUGGAAGCUUCAAAUGCGAAUGUAAAACUGGUUUUUAUAAAAAAUCAGGAACUUGCGUGAAAAUUCCAGAAGUUGUCUGGAUACCUUACCUGAAUGGUUGCUUUAAGAAUAAGACUUAUUUUGCCCAUUUGAAAGUAGAGAGCAAAGAGCAAUGUCAAUUCAAAUGUCAAAUCAAAGAUAAAUGUGCUGUGGCAGAAUACAUUAGUGAGAAAAAGCUGUGUAAACUUGCCACACAUUAUCAUUAUAAGUCAAUAUAUGACUGUGGAAGGAGAUCUGUCUUGUUUAUAAAAGCUAUUAUUGAAUGCGAUAACAUAAAGAAAUUUUGUCCACCACAUUCCUAUUGUCAAAGUUACAGUAGAAAUCGUAUAUGCCGAUGCCGUACUGGUUACAAAGAAAACGGCAAUGCUUGCUAUGACGUUAAUGAAUGUGAAACAUACCAAAAUCUUUGUGGUGAGAAUGCCAAGUGUCUUAACACUGAUGGCAGUUACAAAUGUGAAUGUUUGCAUGGUUAUCAAGGAAAUGGAGAACUUUGUAUUAAAGAAACAUCAUCCUUGAAAAACAUGUCGACACAAAACCAAGACAAGAAAGGAGCUCUACAUGAGUUGAUAAAUCUUUUGAAUUCAUCUGCAUUGCCCCGAUUUUAUCUUCAUUCUUGGCUUCUUUUUGUAGCUGUCUUGAUAUUGUCGGCAAACAACUAAUUUUUGAUAUUUUUUUCUAUUAAACUUUGUAAAUCUGCAAGUCUGUAUUGUUAAAGUAAAGCAAAUCCAUUUUUGCAA